ACCUAACCUGAUAAAUAAGUAAUCUCUCGUCAAACGAAGAACCCUCCUGGGCUUUCGCUUUGUGGGUUUCAAUUCGGUUGCUUUCUCUCGAAAUCGACUUGUCUGCGUAAUCCCUGUGUGGGUUUAUAGCAGAUUGACAUGGCUCUCUCACGCUUAGCUUCUUCUUCUUCGUCUUCUCGAUCCAGUCUCGUGAAACCCAUCUCAGCCGCUUUAUCGUUCACUUCUUCUCUCCGCCGUUCGCUUUCUUCCUCCGCUGAUGACUCCACCUCGCUCACCAUUGAGACCUCCCUUCCGUUCACCGCCCACAAGUGUGAUCCUCCCUCACGGGCCGUCGAGACCAGUCCUAAGGAGCUCAUGUCGUUUUUCCGCGACAUGGCGAUGAUGCGACGGAUGGAGAUCGCUGCCGAUUCUCUCUACAAGGCCAAGCUGAUCAGAGGGUUCUGUCACUUGUAUGAUGGCCAGGAAGCAGUGGCUGUAGGUAUGGAAGCUGGAAUUACGAAGAAGGACUGCAUAAUUACAGCUUAUCGCGAUCAUUGUAUAUUCCUGGGUCGCGGUGGAACCAUGCUGGAGGUCUAUGCGGAGCUCAUGGGUCGUCAGGCUGGUUGCUCAAAAGGCAAGGGUGGGUCUAUGCAUUUCUAUAAGAAGGAGAAUGGAUUUUAUGGUGGUCACGGCAUUGUUGGAGCUCAGAUACCCCUCGGGUGUGGAUUAGCUUUUGCUCAGAAAUACUCGAAGGAUGAGAAUGUAACCUUCGCUUUGUACGGUGACGGAGCUGCAAACCAGGGACAGUUGUUCGAGGCACUUAACAUGGCGGCGCUCUGGGAUCUACCCGCAAUAUUGGUGUGCGAGAAUAAUCAUUAUGGAAUGGGAACUGCAGAGUGGAGGGCUGCUAAGAGUCCGGCCUACUACAAGCGUGGGGAUUAUGUUCCUGGAUUGAAGGUGGAUGGCAUGGAUGUUCUUGCUGUGAAGCAGGCAUGUAAAUUUGCCAAAGAGCACGCUUUGAAGAAUGGACCCAUGAUUCUUGAAAUGGAUACCUACAGGUACCAUGGCCACUCUAUGUCUGAUCCUGGUAGCACAUACCGCACGCGUGAUGAGAUUUCUGGCGUGAGACAGGAGCGUGAUCCAGUUGAGAGAGUAAAAAAGCUGCUAACAUCACACGAUAUUGCUAGUGAAAAGGAACUAAAGGACAUUGAAAAAGAAGUCAGAAAACAAGUUGAUGAAGCUAUUGCUCAAGCAAAGGAGAGUCCAAUGCCUGAGCCUUCCGAACUUUUUACCAACGUAUAUGUUAAAGGUUAUGGAGUUGAGGCAUUUGGGGUUGAUAGGAAAGAAGUUAGAGCUAGUUUGCCGUAAUGUAAUUGACAGUCUGACACCUUAUCCAGCAAAUCUCCAUCCUGCUCGGCAUUGUUCGUGGCCAAUUGAAUAAACAAAGAAUAAAAGAUUCUGUGGUAGAAGGUGAUCUCUCUGCCGUUCAUGUGAGUUUCCCCUACUCGUAUAGGAAAUUGAUUCUUCUGUGGGUGUGGUGAGGCCAUGUAAUUUUGCCAUGUUACUUUGGAAGAGCUAAUAGCCAUAACAUUGCAAUGACUGAUAAUGCUUCUCCUGCAUCGGGGAGACAUGCAUAUUUGAGGGAGCUUAAUGAGCUCAACUCCCAUGACAAUUAAUAGAUCGUCACCGGAUUAAGUUUCGAUGAACCAUUUUGUUGGGUAUGUACUAUGAGUUACUGAUAAUCUACAAGGUUUUCAAGCCUGCAAAUCGCAGAUAAUUAAUGAUUAUUGUGUCUCUUGUAGCUUUGAUUA